UGCGUUCAGAACGGAACGGCAGCAGAGGGCACGGAGAGAGCUGGAGCCACAGCCCACAGGGCCGUGACGGUGGUGUGCAGCGUGUGGAGGGGAGUCAACGCGGCAACGACCUCACGGCGGGAGCAGCUCCGUUCAAACCGAACCCGCCAUCUCUUGCCGAAUCCAUCCGUUCCACACCAACUAAACCCCUCGAGACUUUUCCUAAUCACUUGCUACCUGUAAUUUUCCGCCCUGCGACCGGGGAAAUCGCGAGAAAAUCUUUGCUCCCGCCCACCGCUUUAAUACCCGACCCGGCCACCCUUGCCCCUGGCGCGCCAUUGGCACCUAGCUAGCCCAGCUGCCUGCGUGCGUGCGUGCGUGCUUAACCCAUUGCCGCCUAAUGGGCAACCUGGUGUCGGGGGACGCGGCCGUGGGCGCGAGCGGCGGCGGGAAGGUGGUGACGGCGGACGGGAGCGUGCGGGCGCUCAGGGAGCCCGUGUCUGUGGCUGAGCUCAUGAUGGACCACCCGCGACACUUCGUCGUCGACGCGCGCGUCGUCAAGGAGCAGGGGCAGCAGCAUCAGGGCGAGGGCGUCAAGGUCGCGCCGCUGCCGGCCGACCACGUGCUGGGCGCCGGCGGGGUGUACGUCCUGCUGCCGGCCACCCGGGGGAAGGUGUCGGCCGAGGAGGCGCGGCGCGCGCUGAUGGCGGCCCGGUCGCUGGCACGGUCCAGGUCGAUGCCGGGCGGGCUGAGGAGGAAGCUGUCGUCCAGGAAGAACCGCAAGGCUGACGCCGAUGGGCCAGCGCAGUGCGAGGAGGCCACGAAGACCGAGGAGGAGGAGGCGGCGAGGCCAGACGGGCUCGAGGAGCACCGGCCGGAGUUCCUGAGCCGGGAGCUGUCGAUCAGGGGGUGGAAGCCGAGCCUGCGGACCAUCGAGGAGCGCGUGGCGCCCAAGAAGGUGCCCCAUUGGCUGUUCUGAUCAUCUCUGAUCCAUGAGCCCACCCGUCAAAUGCAUGUACGAUGGCAUGAUGUGAUGAGCUGAGAGCCUGAGACAGCACAAA